CCUGCCUUUGUUAGCCGCGGCCGGGCACGCGGACGGCUUUCGGCCAGGUGGUGGGAGGCCUAUUGACUGGGGCUGCCUUUAACUCUUUCGUAUUCGCAGAGGUGAUCCAUCUGAGGCAGUAACUGAGCGCUGGCAGAAAAGCCUCCCAGAGGUCAAGGUUCACAAAGAUUUGCCUCCAAUCAAAUAGAUGACCAUGGGGGAUAUGAAGACCCCAGACUUUGACGAUCUUCUUGCAGCCUUUGACAUCCCAGACAUGGUUGACCCAAAAGCAGCUAUUGAAUCUGGACACGAUGACCAUGAAAGCCAGAUAAAACAAAAUGCACACACAGAUGAAGAUUCUCAUACGCCCUCAUCGUCUGAUGUCGGUGUGAGCGUCAUUGUGAAAAAUGUGCGUACUAUUGAUUCUUCUGAAGGAGUAGACAAGGAUGGCCACCAUUCCACAGGCAAUGGCUUGCAUAACGGCUUCCUAACAUCCUCAGCUCUUGAUAGCUACAGUAAAGACGAAGGGAAGCCAUUCAAAGACGAUGGGUCAGCUUCUGAGACAACACUGAAGGAUUCGGCUUUUAACCAGUUCAGUCCAAUUUCGAGUGCUGAAGAAUUUGAUGAUGAUGAAAAAAUUGAGGUAGAUGACCCUCCAGACAAAGAAGAGAUGCGUGCAAGUUUCAGAACAAAUAUCUUGACAGGUUCUGUAUCUCAGCAGGAAUAUGACAAACUAAAGGCACUUGGGGGAGAGAAUUUGAUUAAAUCUAGUAUCUCAGUGUCAAGCGGUAUAGAUAAAAAUAAAGUUUCUAAGCGGGAGACAGAGACAAACUCUGUGAAUUUAAGUAUUUAUGAGCCUUUCAAAGCUCGCAAAGCAGAGGACAAACUGCUAAAAGACAGUUCUGAGAAGCUUCUUGACAACAGAGUACUUGAUGGAAAACUGAGUGCUGAAAAAAGUGAAACAAAUUUUGCCAGCAUUUCACAGUCCAAAGCAAAGUCAUCAGCAAAGCUUUCUUCGUGCAUUGCUGCGAUUGCAGCACUGAGUGCUAAAAAGGCAGCUACAGAUAGCAGUAAGGAUUUACAAUCCAAUUCCGGGGAGUCUUCUCCUUUACCAAAAGAUAUGAGUGAAAGUCCCCGGACUACUGAGAAAUCACCUGAGCCUCAGAGUCUUAUUGAUGGUGCUAAAAAGCCAUCUCUUAAACCGCCUGAUAGUCCCAGAAGUGUGUCAAGUGAAAACAGUAGCAAAGGGUCUCCGUCUUCUCCUGCAGGGUCCACACCAGCAAUUCCUAAGGUUCGCAUCAAAACCAUCAAGACUUCCUCCGGGGAGAUCAAGAGAACUGUUACUCGAGUGUUGCCAGAAGUUGAUUUGGACUCGAGUAAAAAAACGGAGCAGACUGCUUCUAUGGUAACUUCCAUGACGUCCCUCCUGUCCUCACCAACUUCUGCUGCUGUUCUUUCCUCUCCUCCUAGAGCUCCUCUCCAGUCCGCGGUCGUUACCAAUGCAGUUGCAUCUGCAGAACUCGCACCAAAGCAGGUCACUAUCAAACCUGUGGCUACUGCCUUCCUCCCAGUUUCAGCAGUGAAAACAGCAGGUUCACAAGUUAUUAAUUUGAAGCUUGCUAACAAUACUACCGUGAAAGCCACUGUAAUAUCUGCUGCUUCUGUGCAGAGUGCCAGUAGCGCCAUUAUAAAAGCUGCCAAUGCCAUACAGCAGCAGACUGUUGUGGUGCCAGCAUCAAGCCUUGCGAGUGCUAAACUUGUGCCAAAGACGGUCCAUCUUGCCAACCUUAACCUCCUGCCUCAGGGUGCUCAGACCACCUCUGAGCUCCGACAAGUGCUAACGAAACCUCAGCAGCAAAUAAAGCAGGCAAUAAUUUCUGCAGCAGCCUCACAGCCUUCUAAGAAGGUGUCUCGAGUCCAAGUGGUGUCAUCUCUACAGAGUUCUGUAGUGGAAGCGUUCAACAAGGUGCUGAGCAGUGUCAACCCUGUCCCGGUUUACAUCCCCAACCUCAGUCCUCCUGCCAGUGCUGGAAUAACGUUGCCCACACGAGGUUACAAGUGUUUGGAGUGUGGGGACUCCUUUGCUCUUGAGAAGAGCCUGACCCAGCAUUACGACAGGAGGAGCGUGCGAAUUGAAGUGACGUGUAAUCAUUGCACAAAGAAUUUAGUUUUCUACAACAAAUGCAGUCUUCUUUCCCAUGCUCGUGGACACAAGGAAAAAGGAGUUGUAAUGCAGUGUUCGCACCUGAUUUUGAAACCAGUCCCAGCAGAUCAAAUGAUAGCAUCUCCUUCGAGCAAUACUGCUGCACCCGUGCUUCAAAGCCCAGUGGGAGCUGGCUCACACACUGUAACAAAGAUACAGUCUGGCAUAACGGGAACAGUCAUAUCAGCCCCAGCAAGUACCCCCAUCGUCCCAGCCAUGCCACUGGACGAAGAUCCAUCCAAACUCUGUAGGCAUGGUCUAAAGUGUUUGGAGUGCAGUGAAGUUUUCCAAGAUGAGACAUCUCUUGCCACACAUUUCCAGCAGGCUGCAGACACAAGUGGACAAAAGACAUGCAAUAUCUGCCAGAUGCUGCUUCCUAACCAGUGCAGUUUUGCAUCACACCAGAGAAUUCAUCAGCAUAAAUCUCCAUACACGUGUCCUGAAUGUGGAGCAAUCUGCAGAUCUGUCCACUUCCAGACUCAUGUCACUAAGAACUGCCUGCAUUAUACUCGAAGAGUUGGUUUUCGCUGCGUGCAUUGCAAUGUUGUGUACUCUGAUGUGGCGGCACUCAAGUCUCACAUUCAAGGUUCUCAUUGUGAAGUCUUUUACAAAUGUCCUAUCUGUCCCAUGGCAUUUAAAUCUGCUCCCAGCACACAUUCCCAUGCCUAUACACAACACCCGGGUAUCAAGAUAGGCGAACCAAAAAUAAUAUAUAAAUGCUCUAUGUGUGACACUGUGUUUACUCUACAACCUUUGCUCUAUCGCCACUUUGAUCAGCACAUUGAAAACCAGAAGGUGUCUGUUUUCAAGUGUCCAGACUGUUCUCUUCUGUAUGCACAGAAACAGCUUAUGAUGGAUCAUAUCAAGUCAAUGCACGGAACUUUGAAAAGUGUUGAAGGGCCACCAAACCUGGGGAUAAAUUUACCUCUGAGUACGAAACCCACAAAUCAGAACUCAGCCAGCCACAAUAAAGAGGACACGAAAUCCAUCAAUGGAACAGAAAAAUUAGAGAAGAAAUCUCCUUCUCCUUUAAAGAAAGGAGAGCCUAAAAAAGUCAGCAGCCGUGGCUGGACGUGUUGGGAUUGCGAUAGGUUCUUCACUCAGAGAGACGUUUACAUCUCCCACAUGAGGAAAGAACAUGGAAAGCAAAUGAAGAAACACCCUUGUCGCCAGUGUGACAAAUCAUUCAGUUCAUCCCAUAGUUUGUGUCGUCACAACCGUAUCAAGCACAAAGGCAUUAGGAAGGUCUAUACAUGCUCGCACUGCCCAGACUCCAGACGUACCUUUACCAAACGGCUGAUGCUGGAAAAACACAUUCAGUUGAUGCACGGCAUCAAAGACCCUGAUGUCAAAGAAAUGACUGAGUCGUCUAACGUGGAAGAAAGGGAAGUAAAAGAAGAAGUGAAGGUAAUCACUUGGAAGAUUCAUUCAGUCACUGAGGUUUUGUGGGGAUGCAUUCAGGAUCUUUAA